AGAAGACCUGAGAAAACAGCCCCAAGAUAAGAGAGGGGAGACUGGGAUUAGAUAGUAGAAAAAAAGGGUUUUUUCACUUGUCUGAUGGUCGGACAUUGGAAUGGACUGCUGAGGGAGGUGGUGGAGUCACUAACCCUGGAGGUGUUUAAGAGACGGCUGGAUUUGGCGCUGGGUGAUGUAGUUUAGUGGUUUAGGAGUUUAGAGUUUCGAGGUUAGAGUUACAGUGAAAUGCCGGCCUGACGGUUGGACUCAAAGGUCUCAAAAAUCUCUUCCACCCCUGACUGCCCCACAACAGCGGCGCCGCCGCCAUUUUGCGAACCCACCUUCCCACCCCGCAGAUGACGCCAUGAGCCUGCCCCCGCCCCCGGCGCGGCAGAGUACCCGGAUGUGAGAGCCCCCGCCCCCUCCGCCCCGCGCCAGCGCCGCUCGCGUCCCCUCUCUUUCUCGCUCCCCCCUUCCCUCCCUCCUUCCUUUGCUCCCUCCGUGCGCGGGUCAGCGGAGCCUUUGCCGCAGUGACGGGAGCCGGAUCGGGAGUGGACUGGGAGUGGCAACGGCGGCGGCGACGCCGGACAACGCACAGUGAGGCCGGGGUCGGCGGAUUCAUCUGCGAGAGAGACGCCUGACGCCCACCCGCCGCCAUGGGAAAUGAGGCAAGCUACCCUUUGGAAAUGUGCUCGCACUUUGAUGCCGAUGAGAUAAAACGACUAGGAAAGAGAUUUAAGAAGCUUGAUUUGGACAACUCUGGUUCUCUGAGCGUGGAAGAGUUCAUGUCUUUACCUGAAUUGCAACAGAACCCAUUAGUACAGCGAGUAAUAGAUAUAUUUGACACAGAUGGCAAUGGAGAAGUGGAUUUCAAAGAAUUUAUAGAAGGAGUCUCCCAGUUCAGUGUCAAAGGAGAUAAAGAACAGAAAUUGAGGUUUGCUUUUCGCAUUUAUGAUAUGGACAAAGAUGGCUAUAUCUCAAAUGGAGAGCUCUUCCAGGUGCUGAAGAUGAUGGUUGGGAACAAUCUCAAAGACACUCAGUUACAGCAAAUUGUAGAUAAAACCAUAAUUAAUGCAGAUAAGGAUGGUGAUGGAAGAAUAUCCUUUGAAGAAUUCUGUGCUGUUGUAGGAGGCCUAGAUAUCCACAAAAAGAUGGUCGUAGAUGUGUGACUCUGUAGGACACCACCCAACACUUUUGCUUUCUUCUCCAUCUCUGAAGAUCUGCUCCAGACAUCCAGCAAUGCUCUCUGUGUAUUUAAAUGGAAGUAUUUUUCUCUGUGAAGCCACAUUUUCCAACAUGAGCCUCAUGAAGCCAACUAAGUGUUAUUGAACUUUUAUUCUCUCAAUAACUCAGUGUAGCACUUUAAAGUCUGAAGGACAGCAAAGAUGGAAAGAGCAUAUCAGUGUGGUGGAGAAAGGGAAGGGGUUGGCUUUUUAAUUUAUUUUUCUUCAUCUUUUAUAACAAGGAAAUAUCUAUCUAUAUAUAUAUAUGUGUGUGUGUAUUUAUAUAUAGAUAUAUAUGUAGCUUUCUAUAUGUAGUAGCUAGGUGGGCUUUAAUUUAAUAUACUUGAUUCAGAAACAAAACUAGAGUACAAAGUGCCAAGCAGAAUAUUAGCAGUUCAAUAUAUGGAUAUACAUCCUUACUUUUAUUUCACACAGUUUUAUAUAUAUAGUAGAAGAAUGUAAAAUUUUAACUGGGUCUUAGGUCAACUCUUUUCCCUGUGACUGUUCAGAUGUUUCUAUAUAUUGAAUGGCUGACAAAGCAUUGCUUAUUAAAUCACCUUAAUUACUUUUUUUUUUGUAACACGGGAGACGAAGUUUAUUUAUACCUGUUAAUAUAUUACCAGGGACUGUGUCUCUUUGCUAAAUAGUAGUACAGUUCUACUUAAUAUGAGAAUAUAGUUUAAUGCUACUGCCAAGAACUAGUCCUUGUGUGCAUAUAGUGACUGUUGAAUGCUUUGAUGGCUGUUAGAUGCUGUCACCCAGGAACUGGGAGCAGUUACAGCUGUUCUGAAGCCAAGACAACUUUGCUGUUGUGGGUUCAAUUUAGAUACAGCUGCUUAAGGUGAUAGAUGCAUUAAUGAUUUUUCUCUUGUGCUUAGCUUAAUGACAUUAGGAUCAACAUAACUGUGCAGGAUUCCCAUCUACUUAUUUUAUACAGUACUUAGAUUAUAAAAUGUUCUUGCCACUUAAAUUCUGUUGUUUCACCCAUGAUAGUUUUCUCCCUCGCAUUUAAAAAAUACUACAGGUAGCUAAAAAACUGAUAAUAUUUUAUAUAUAUAUGUAUAUAUGAUUCAUACGGGGGGAAAUCUUGUUAACCUUUGCCAUAGAGAAGGAAAACUUCACACUAUCUAAAUUUAUACCUCUUGCGGUUCUCCAGUCCUUUUUCUGGAGAAUUUUUUUCUUUUCUAGAUUUGUCCAUAUCAUAAUUUGUAAUGGAAGGUAACUUGAUCUAUUUGUGGGAUAUAAAAGUAGCGAGCCAUGUUUUACAACAUUGUAUCAUCCCUUCCCUUUCCUGCAGUGGUACUAUUGGCUGGAAGAAAAAUACUUGCUAGAUUUUUUAGGACAGUACAUCUUUCCUGUAUAGUAGUUUUUCUAUUUAAAAGAAUUUGUUUUAUAAUGAGCAGUGGAAAGUGCAGGUUGUCUGAACCUCUUCAGUCGAGCACCUGUCUGCCAUAGCUGUUCCUUCAACUGAGUGCUGCACAUCAUAGGCUCUGUCUGUGAGAGAGAAAUCCAGGUGCUUAGUGUCCUUGCAUGACAUGAAGUUUUGCAUGUAGAUCGAUUUGAAAUGUUCCUCUUGUUUACAUAAUUUGCAUAAUUAAAAAGAUAAUGUUGCCAAACUUUGGUAAAUGUUAAUGUUCAAAACAAAAAUCUCCACUACAUGUAACUUUUUUCUUCUGGAUCAGUACGUGGUUUAUAAUCCCAGCCAGUGGUUUUAUCUGUUCCAGUGUCAACUGCCAUGUGCUCUGCUUCAAGGGGGAGUUAGUCUUUUGUGAAUUUUUUUGUACAUAAGUAUUUGUUACAAACAUAUUAGCAAAUGCUUUCUGUUUUUCUUGCUUGUGCAUAUCUUGGCUGGCAUUAUAGGAAUUAGUGCUAAUGUUCCUUAGGGGGGACUGAAGGGGAGGGAUGAGGGGUUUUUUUCAGUUUGUGUGGGGAAAAAUGAUUUAUGUUGAAUGUUUAGUUUUUCCUCUGCAUGCAUGCUACAUCAUAUAUUGUGGGAACUAUAAGAACAUUCAUACUGUAUGAAUACAAAAUAAAAUAUUUGAAACUUGA